GCCAUGGCCCAUCGCCCGUCGCCCGCCUGUCGCCCGCCGCCCGCCGCCUUGAGGCGCGGGGGCCCCGCCGCCAUCGCCGCCUGCCUCGCCGGGGCGCUGGCCGUGCUGGCGGGGCCGGGGCCGGGCAGUGCCACCGGGACCGGCCGGCGGCCCCCCCGCAGCUACGGGCACCUGGAGGGCGACGUGCGCUGGCGGCGGCUCUUCUCCGCCACCCGCUUCUUCCUGCGCAUCGACGGCGGCGGCGGCGUGGAGGGAACGCGCUGGAGGGAGCGGCCGGGCAGCAUCGUUGAGAUCCGGUCGGUGCGUGUCGGCGUCGUGGCCAUCCGGGCGGUGCACACCGGCUUCUACCUGGCCAUGAACAAGCGGGGGAGGCUCUACGGGUCGAAGGAGUUCAGCCCCAACUGCAAGUUCACGGAGCGCAUCGAAGAGAACGGCUACAACACCUACGCGUCGCUGCACUGGCGGCACCGCGGCCGCCCCAUGUUCCUGUCGCUCAAUAGCAAGGGCAGGCCACAGCGAGGGGGCAGGACUCGCCGGCAGCACCUCUCCACACACUUCCUCCCCAUGCUCGUCAGCUGAACACCGUGGGCAGCUCCAGACGGUCCUAGAGGAAGAAAAAAACAAACAAACAAAAAUGUUAUUUUA